CCGGGUGCAGCCUGUGCUGGUGGGCGCGGUGGCCCGCAGCCUUCGGCUCGCUGCAGGACUGUGCAGAGGACCACUGACGAAGCAUCAGGCUAUUGAGGGACGCCUGCCUUGGUUUACCCUUCAGCGUCUGGUGAGAUCCGGGCAGCGCCUAGGGAAAGAUCCGUUCUGCUCCGCGAGGGAAACAGAGCCGUUGACCAUGGUUGCAACGGGCAGUUUGAGCAGUAAGAACCCGGCCAGCAUUUCAGAGUUGUUGGACGGUGGCUAUCACCCUGGGACUCUGCUAAGUGAUUUCGACUACUGGGAUUAUGUUGUCCCUGAACCCAACCUCAACGAGGUGGUGUUUGAAGAAACAACAUGCCAGAAUCUGGUUAAAAUGUUGGAGAACUGUCUGUCCAAAUCAAAGCAAACCAAACUGGGUUGCUCUAAGGUCUUGGUCCCUGAGAAACUGACGCAGAGAAUUGCUCAGGAUGUCCUGCGGCUCUCGUCCACGGAGCCCUGCGGCCUUCGGGGUUGUGUUAUGCACGUGAACUUGGAAAUUGAAAAUGUCUGUAAAAAGCUGGACAGGAUUGUGUGCGAUGCUAGCGUGGUGCCGACUUUUGAGCUCACGCUUGUGUUUAAGCAGGAGAACUGCUCGUGGACCAGCCUCAAGGACUUCUUCUUUAGCAGAGGUCGCUUCUCAUCGGGCCUUAGGCGAACUCUGAUCCUCAGCUCAGGAUUUCGACUUGUGAAGAAAAAACUGUACUCUCUGAUUGGAACGACAGUCAUUGAAGAGUGCUAAGGAGGAAACGCAAUUAAAGGCCCCUAAUGAGUGGAUAAUAAACCUCUGAAGCUACUCAGCCAGUCAUUUGUAGUUCGCCUCCUUGCCCUCACCAAGAAAUCCCAUAUUUAGGCCAUUUUCCUUCUGUGUGUCUCACCCAUAGCAACCCACUUUAAAGGCUCAUUUUUUUUCCAUCUUUUAAGACAUAAUCUAAGAGAGCAAACUGCCCACAUAUGUGACCACAUGGGAUAGAAUGGAAUAAGAAAGAAAAAAAACAACAAUGUCUUUUAAUUUUAUAUUUGGUAAUAUUUAGUACGUAGUCUUAGGAACAGAGGAAGAUCCACUUUGCCUAAUUUGACUUUUAUGUGCCCAGGGUUUGUUAUCAUGUGCCACACCUCCCUCCCUCCCUCCUUUCCUCCCUUUCUCCUUCCCUCCCUCCCUCCCUCUCUCCUUGCUCUCAAAGUCAUCUUCUCAGUGACAUGACCUUACUAGUUGAUGUCCAGCCCAUCAAAACAUAUAGAGGGCUGCACUACCAGCUUCCUACCUGAAUUGGAAGCGUUUUUACACAAGAGAGUACAGCUUGAUAAAGAAUCACCUUACACAGAAUGAAUAAACAUCAUAGUGACAAGAGCAUGGCCUCCCCACCUAGUGUUCUCCCCACACCUGUGUCCAAGAGACAAAAAGCGUGCAUCUUAUUGUAAUGAUUACAUGAUUGCUUUCAGUGUCUCUGUAGUAUUGUGUCAACUUGGUUUUCCUAGUUAUCAACUGUUGAAUGUUGCCAUUUUUUUAUAUUGUCUUUAAUUAGAUUUUUAAAAAAAAGAUGACUGGCUUUUUGCACAUAGUUGAUUUGACUGAGCAAAUUGAUUGCCCAUAUAUAAAGAUGGAGAAAGGUAGCCUCAGAUCCCGCCCCUUUCAGAUCCACUAGGUAACACUGCUGCUUUAUGCCACUAAGAUGCUUCCUUUCCAGUGAAGCAUCUCACCGCAUGGGUGUUAGCUCAGCUCUGGCCUUUUCUAGGAACUGGAUCACCUUUCCUUAGCUUCACACUUCUUUUUAGUUACCAAUGUGCUUGUAUUUGCAGAGCCUGAUUUGACUUUGAGAUGUUGUUGCUACUACAGGCUAGAUAUGAAAGUCCUAUUAUAACCUGAGACAAUCACAGCAUGUAUCCAGCUCCAUCCACCAUAUUGCACACUAAUUCCAAGGAAACAAUAAGUGACUCUUCUGUUUAGCUUUUGACUUAUUCCAAGUAACUAGAUGAUUCUCUGUUUUUAUGGCCAUGAGACAAUUUACCUUGCAUGUAACUCUGUUCUAUUCAGCAAGGUCUUUUCUUCCUUGGGUCAUGGAAAGUAACAUGUUCAGGUCUCCUUCCCAGGCCUUUAGUAUGAGUUUGUAUGCCCUCAGACACCAGCUUGGCUGGUUCAGAUGUCUUCAUCCUAACCUUACACAAACAAGCUGGAUACAGUUACUGGUCCUGCAUGUGACCUAAGGCAUCACUGUCCCAAUGAUCAGAUAGAUGUUCUAACAAAUUGUUCUCCAUGUUACUUGGAGAGGUUCCACAGAGCCAGUCUUCACAGGAUUGGGCCAAUAAGCUAACAGUUUUGUAAGCUUGCAGAUGUUCAAGGUUCUGAAGCUCACUGUGUUUCUGUAGCUGUUUUGAGUCAUGCUGGGGAGGAGGGUGAGGCUUCUCAGGCAUGGACAUAGAUGUUUCACCCACUAGCAGUUCUCUGGCUCUCCUGCCUAUUUGACUCACAAAAUAGUAAUGGCUUAAGGAGGCUCUUACAAUGACAGUCCUGUUAAAAAUCUGUUUUUUACAAUAAAACAUUACAUAUUUUUAA